AUGUAAAGAAAAUAUCAUUCUUUAACUUUUCCUUAUUUUAUGUACACAAAAGUUUAAUUAUGAUACCGGUAUUGCGUAUACUGUGUACACCAAUAAUACUUUAUUCUAUAGAAAUAUCUUGUUACCCCCAAUUUGACUUUGUAUUCUGGAGAUGGUUUAUUUAUGUUUUCAAUUAUUCACAAUAGUUUAAGGUGACAAGUUGUUAACUUUACCAGGAAUUUAAUUGUAUUUUUUUCAUAAUGUGUACAUGAAAAUAAGUAGGAAAAGGAUUUAGGAGAUUUGAUGUGUUUAGAACUUUUUCUGUUCUAUUAAAUGUAGUUUUUGUAAAUACAGAUAAUAAGUUAAAUAGGAAAUGGGAUGUACUCCUGAAGUCACAAGCACAUGAAGCAUGUAGAUCAACCAUUGGUAUGCAAACAAAAGCAUGAAACAACAUUCUGUAGAAGGUGCUCUUCGUAUUGUUUUCUUACUCUGCCCUCUGUCCUAACCCCGCUGUUUUAACACGACCGUCGGUGACGUGCCUGAUUUUUUGAACAGUGCACAUCAAUGGAAUUUGUGACAGAUAUGCUUUGAUAACAAGGCAAAAUUGCUCAAACAUUGACUGCCGAGUGGUUUCUGUAGAUAAAAGUCUUGUCCAAUCGGCGGAGGAUUUCAGAUACUGUUUCGGUCGUUUAGGUAAAAACAGAAUUUUGUCAUCAAAUUUUUAUACGGCGUGUUUAUUUCUCAAAGUUGCGAUAUCUAGUACGUAUCGGGCUGUGGAUCUGACCUCAUUCUAAAAAGGUGGAUUGGCUUGAUGGUCAGUCUUUGUCAACACCUGAAAGAUAGCAAACACCUUUCUCAGAGGAGUUCAAAUUUGAGAGACAUUAAUGAUUUGACUGAUAGAACAUCAGAACGAACAAACGGUCUUCUAUCUUGAGUAUUUGUUUAAGGGAAAAAACAAGUGGCCGUGUUAGAGGAUGCGGCGUAGUGUGGGCCAGGGGUCUGUACAAGGGAUCGUGUCUGUUCCUUGAUGGCGAGGGCUCUCAGCAUGUCCUACAUAGGAACCACAGAGGAGCCAGCUACAAGCUUCUCAACUUUCCUAAACUCUGGGAAUUCCAAUGAUUCUACCGAAUCAGUGUGGGAAUCGAGUGUCCCUCCUGCUCUACAGUUCGCCUUUGGAGUUAUCGGGAAUGCCAUUGCUUUGGUGGUUCUAGGUUUGUCUGCCAAAAAUCACAAAUGGCGGCCAUUUUACCGCCUCGUGUGUGGACUGGCAAUCACAGACGGUGGGGGUAUUCUGCUGGUCUACCCCACAGUGAUGAUUCAGUACGCCGAAAACUUUACGUUCGAUUUCCCAAAGGCGCUGUGUGACUACAGUUCAUUUAUCUACACAUUUACACUGAUGUCCUCCGCAAUGAUAAUCUGUGCUAUGUCUCUGGAUCGCUUUUUUGCUAUUCUUUAUCCGUUUGUGUAUAACUCUGAGAACAAAGGACGCCGCACUAACUGUAUUCUGGCGACCAUCUGGUUGCUGGGACUGCUUCUGUCCACGUUACAUCUGAUGGGUCUCGGAUCCAGUUACAACUACUACCCCCGGUCCUGGUGUUUUCUGAACUUUGUGGGAGGAACAACUAAGGACCGCAUCAACUCGUUCAUUUAUUCCAUCACCGGGUUGCUCAUUCUGUUGUGUACAAUUGCUGUUAACGUCGUAGUGAUUCUGAGCGUCUGUAGAAAGAUGAGACGUAACAGCGUGAAGUCUGCUCGACGUGUCAACGUCAACAUCAUCGUGUUCCUCGUGGUGAUCGUCAUAGUGUUCACCACGUGCUGGGCCCCGCUGAUGGUUGUUAUAUUUUCUCACGCCGCGAAAUUGAUGAAGGCGAGCGACCAAGGUGGCGACGGUCCACUAGAGCUGCUGGUUCUGAGAUUCGCUGUUACAAAUUCCAUAGUGGAUCCCUGGAUCUACAUUUUGCUGCGGAAGGAGACACUGGAUGGAUUAAAAAGGUGCAAACGCGGAGUAAAACAAAAACUGGGAAUUGUUAGUGAAUCUUUCCACGAUAAUAAUGUUGGAAGAAAUUCCGAACGAGCGCGCCGGAAGUGUCCAAUAAAAGUGACAGAAAGUGGGACAACAGUUCCGGUAUCAUCUGAGAGGUCAAGGUCAUGGUUACAAAAUCAAGUGUGAAUUCAUGAUCGGGACUUCAGUCUUCUAAAUGACUUCGAGUGCAGUAAUGGAGAAGUUUAAUUUAAUGUAUUGUAGGUAUUAUGAAAUGUUUGUUUUUGAUAAUAGGAAGAGGUAAUUGGGAUUUCCAAUUCCAGUUUUGAAUACAAAUUGUUUGGUUACCAGUAAGAUAAGCCUAUACGUCAGACCUCAGAACCUCUGUAUACUCACCAUAUAUGGAAAACUCGAUCCGAUUUUAGUGAACAUGAACUGACGACAUGCACGUUCAGUACGGUACAACCCAUACUGUAGUACGAUACAACCCAUACUGUAGUACGGUACAACCCAUACUGUAGUACGGUACAACCCAUACUGUAGUACGGUACAACCCAUACUGUAGUGGGCUUUUAUUACUACCGUAUGUGUUUGUAUAUGUUUCAUGUAUAAAUACAUUAUGCAGAUAUUUUUA